GGGUUGUUAUCCCAAACGACUUUUAUCUGUUGUAUUGAAGGGAGUUGUAGACUUUGUGGCUGGCAGAACAAUGUUGAAUUGUGCUAUUCAUUUCCUCAGAGAUGGAUGAUGGACUCAGUGUAGAGUUCUGUUGGUGAACCUCUGGCACAUGUGUGCCAGAGGGGGCUGCUCUUCUUCCCCUUUCCCCUCACCUGGGGACAUUUCUUACUUCAACUGCCCCUCUGCCCAGCAGCCCAAAGAGAGUGCUUCCUCCCUGUCAUGUCUGUGGUAAGGGAUUGGCUCACAUGCAGCAUGAGAGUUACAAUUUGUGUACUCAGUCUCUAAAAGUUUUGCCAUCACUGAUAUGGAGUAUGUGACUUAAUAUAUAAUAGAUUUUAAAAUAGGAUGAAUAUUUAGUAUAUCUACAUUAAAUUGCAUACUAUCUUUUCAUCUGUAGAGAAAAGAAAAAUUAUGUUCCACAUUGAACUUUAUUGAAUAAGAUGUAAAAAGAGUGAAAUUGUUUCUCAGCUGAACAUAUAAAAGUUAUCAAGAAUGACCUUGUGAGAGAGCAGCUGACUUCCUCAGUGGAUUGAGUGCAAGGUCUAGAGACUACAGGUCCUAGGUUCCAAUCUGACCUCAGACACUUCUUAGCUGUGUGACCCUGGGAAAGUCACUUAACCCCCAUUGCCUAGCCCGUACCAAUCUUCUCCCUUGGAACCAAUACACAGUAUUGAUUCUAAGAUGGAAGGUAAGGGUUUAAAGAGAAAAGAAGAAUGAGCAUGUGCAUCCAAAAUGAUGAGAACAGAAUAUUUGGAAGAUCAUUUGAUAUUGAAAAAAUUAUAAGAAUAAUCAAUGAAUGACUUUCAAAGGAAAGAUAGAAAGUGCAAUGGAGAAAGAUUAUACUAAUGUGGACAGAGCAUUCUCAGAUAAAAGGUUUGAGUUGAUAGUCGAGUCUUUUUGCAGGAAGGUUGCUAAGGUCACACCUCUAUUUUAUUACCUGAGUUGUAAAGUGUAAUGUGAAUAUUUGACCUGUUGUGAGGUUUCAUUGUUAUUGUAUGUGAAGGUUUUCUAAAAUCCUCCAUCUUGAAGAGAUGACCAAAUAAUUUAUUAGAAGACUGGUUCUACUAGUAUAAGUUCGAAAAAUCCUUUUUUGCAGGGGAAAUAGAAUAAAAAUCAGUUUUCUUUCUGCCAUUAGAAGAAAGAACUUAUACAUUUGUGUGUCUAUGUGUGUGUCUCUGUGAUCGUGUCUGUGUCUGUCCUUCCUUCUAUGUUUAUAUCAUUAUAUGUUUUCUUCAGAAACCGAGACCAAUUUUGAAGUGAAGAAGAUAUCUACAAAACUGAACCUUUUUGUGCAAGGCCGUGACCCUCAAAGUUGCAUGAAUGGGGGUUCCUAUGACUUUAUUUUGAGAGAAAUCUGUGACUCUAAUAUCAAGGUAAAUAAAAAUCCAACGAAUGACUGUGAAUUUGAUGAAACUGCGGAGAAAUUCAAACAGUAUUCACUAUAUCAGCAUCUAAAAUUAGCCUCAGGAAAUAACUGUUUUCAGGAUAGUGAAUACUGCAAAUAUAUUCCUGAAGAAGUUGAACUUGUUAAUUCGUAUGAGAAAUCUGAAAUACCCAUGCAUCAUGAUAACCUAGAGGGAAUUACAUCAAGUUUAGGCCUCAUUAAAUAUCCAAAAAUUAAACAUGUAGAGAUGCUUUCUGUGAGUAAUGAAGAUGGGAGACAUUUCAGUCAGAAGUCUACGCUUCAUUCAUAUCAAAAAAUCCACUGUGGAGAGAAACCUUAUAAAUGUAAACACUGUGGAUUGGCUUUCACACAGAGGAGCAAUCUUGCCAGACAUCAAACAGUCCACUCUGGAGAAAAACCUUACAAAUGUAAACAAUGUGGAAAGGCUUUCACAGAGAGGGGCAGUGUUGCCAGGCAUCAAACAGUCCACUCUGGAGAAAAACCUUAUGAAUGUACACAGUGUGGAAAGGCUUUCACACUGAGGUUCAGUCUUAGCGUACAUCAGAGAAUCCACACUGGAGAGAAACCUUAUGAAUGUAAAGAAUGUGGAAAGGCUUUUACAAGGUAUGGUGGUCUUGCUGCACAUCAGAAAAUCCACACUGGAGAGAAACCUUAUGAAUGUAAACAAUGUGGAAAGGCUUUCAAACAGAGGGUCAGUCUUGCUACACAUCAUAAAAUCCACUCUGGAGAGAAACCUUAUGAAUGUAAACAAUGUGGAAGGGCAUUUUCAGUGAGGAGCAGUCUCACUCAACAUCAGAGAGUCCACUCUGGAGAGAAACCUUAUGAAUGUGAACAAUGUGGAAAGACUUUCAGAUGGUGUAGUCUUCUUUCUGAACAUCGUAGAAUCCACACUGGAGAGAAACCUUAUGAAUGUAAACAAUGUGGAAAGGCUUUCACACGGUGGUGCACUCUUGCUAAACAUCAGAGAAUCCACUCUGGAGAGAAACCUUAUGAAUGUAAACAGUGUGGAAAGGCUUUCACACGGUUAUGCACUCUUACUGACCAUCAGAGAAUCCACACUGGAGAAAAACCUUAUGAAUGUAAACAAUGUGGAAAGGCUUUCACACGGAGGGUUGGUCUUGCUGCACAUCAGAAAAUCCACUCUGGAGAGAAACCUUAUGAAUGUAAGCAAUGUGGAAGGGCUUUUGCACAGAGGGUCACUCUUGCUAACCAUCAAAUGAUCCACUCUGGAGAGAAACCUUAUGAAUGUAAAAAAUGUGGAAAGGCUUUUUCAGUGAGCUUCUCUCUUGCCAGACAUCAGAUAGUCCACACAGGAGAAAAACCUUAUGAAUGUAAACAAUGUGGAAAGGCAUUUGCAUUAAAGCACAGUCUUGCUGAACAUCAGAAAAUCCACUCUGGAGAGAAACCUUAUGAAUGUAAACAAUGUGGAAAAGCAUUUGCAGUGAAGAGUGGUCUAGCUAUACAUCAGAAAUUUCACACUGGAGAAAAAUCUUAUGAAUGUAAACAGUGUGGAAAGGCUUUCACCCUGAGUGGCUCCCUUGCCAGACAUCAGACAGUCCACUCUGGAGAAAAACCUUAUGAAUGUAAACAGUGUGGAAAGGCUUUCACAUGGAGGGCUUCCCUUGCUGAACAUCAGAGAAUCCACACUGGAGAGAAACCUUAUGAAUGUAAACAAUGUGGAAAGGCUUUCAUACGGAGGAUCGGUCUUGCUGCACAUCAGAAAAUCCACUCUGGAGAGAAAACUUAGGAAUGUAAAUAAUGUGGAAAGGUUUUUGCUCAGAGGGGUGGUCUUGCUAUUCAUCAGACAGUCCACUCUGUAAAGAAACCUUAUGAAUGUAAAUCAUGUGGAAAAACUUUUAGAUGGCGGGGCCUUUUUUCUGAACAUAAGAGAAUCCAUUCUGGAGCGAAACCUUGUGAAUGUAAACAAUGUGGAAAGGCUUUCACACAGAGAGGCCAUCUUACUGCACACCAAAGCAUCCAGACUAGAGAAAAACCUUAUGAAUGUAAACAAUGUGGAAAUGCGUUCACAGAGAGGGACAGUUUUGCCAGACAUCAAACAGUCCACUCUGUAGAAAAACCUUAUGAAUGUAAACAGUGUGGAAACGUUUCGAGGUUCAGUCUUAGCGUACAUCAGAGAAUCCACACUGGAGAGAAAUCUUGGGAAUGUAAAUAAUAUGGAAAGGUUGUCACAUUGUGGGAUAGUCUUAUUAAACAUCAGAAAAUCCACACUGGAAAGAAAUCUUAUGAAUGUAAACAAUGUGGAAAGACUUGCCCAGAGGCGUGGUCUUGUUAUUCAUCAGUCAGACCACUCUGUAAAGAAACUUUAUGAAUGUAAACCAUGUGGAAAGACUUUCAGAUGGUGCAGCCUUCUUUCUGAACAUAAGAGAAUCCACACUGGAAAGAAACCUUAUGAAUGUAAACAAUGUGGAAAAGCAUUCACAAUGAAGCACAAUCUUAUUUAACAUCAGAGAAUUCACUCUGGACAGAAAUUUUAUGAUAUGAGCAAUGUGGAACAACUUUCAGUCAAAGGACCUCUUUUUCCUCACGUCAAAGUAACCACCCUGGAGAAAAAUCUUAUAAAUAUAAGUAAUGUGGAAUGGUUUUUACAAUGAAGGGCUCUCUUGCCAGAGAUCAGACAAUCUGCUCUCUGGAAAUCUUAUGAGUAUACUGUUAAGAGAGUUAAGUGUAAGAGCCCCAUUACUAUGUAGAGUGUCACUUGAUGACAGGAGGGUGUGGCUGAUGGUGGGUAGGUGAGUUGCAGACAGUUGAAAGGGACUUUGCUUUCUGUAUCCCUGAGCAGAGUAGUGUGUGACUCACUCUCUUGGAUGAACAGUUUUUUAUAACUGAAAGUUGGAGAUAGAGAAAUGGAUUUUAAGUCCUUAAUAGCCUUGUUGGUUUGUGAUUACCUCAGGCAGGUAGUUAGAUAGUGGGUAAAUUGUUAGAUAGUCAGUGUAGAGAGGUUUAAGCCUUGGCAUAGCUCUGGCAGAAGAAGCUGCCCUCGAAGGCAUAUAGUUUUAGGGUUUUUAAAAAACAUUUUAGUUAGGAUUGGGGUCUUAGGUAUAAUUAAGUUAUUAUGAGGUUACUUUCACUUUUCUCCUUUCUAUUUUGUAUCUGAAAUUUCCUACGAAUAAAUUAAUUGUUUUGUGGUUACCAAA